AUGAGCUUCACAUUCGGCCAGCAAGGCAGCAACAACAACGGCAGCAGCAGCAGCACACCAAACAAAUCGCUGUUUGGUGCCGCGCCUUCCACGGGCAGCGCGACGCCAUCCCUCUUCGGAACCGCAAACAGCAACACCUCAAGCACGCCGGCCAGCGGUGGCCUCUUUGGCUCUGCUGGCGCCAACACAGGCGGCUCAGGUGGUCUUUUCGGCGGCGCAUCGAGCACGCCUGCGUCCAAGCCUGGCGGUUUGUUCGGCGGAGGCGGAGCCACACCUGCCGCGUCCUCAACACCAGCUUUUGGCGGAGGCUUUGGUUUCGGCAAGAAGGAGGGCGAUGCGCCAAAACCAGCUGGAGGCCUGUUUGGAGGAGCGUCCACUGGCGCACCAACAACGUCUUCUGCGCCCUCAUUUGGAUUUGGUAACGCGGGUGGUUCGACAUCAACAGCUACGCCUGCAACGAACAAGACGUCGCUCCUUCCUUCCACUACCCCAGCUGGUGCCCCUCCGGGUGGAAGCCUGUUUGGACAGAACACCCAGGCCAGCGGAGGCACAUCCUCUUUGUUCGGCGGCGCAAAGCCAGCAGCUCCAGCAGCAACCACAUCGUCCUCCACACCUAGCCUGUUCGGCGCUACACCCGCUGCAAAGCCUUCCGGCGGCUUCAGCUUAGGAGGUAACACCGGCACCUCGACCGACGCGAACAAGUCCGCGGCUCCUGCCAGUAACCUUUUUGGAGGCGGAAAUCAGUCCAUCCCUACUUCUCAAGACACACAGGCUUCUAAGCCUGCGGGUGGCCUCUUUGGUGGACUGGGCAGCACAACUCCCUCCUCGACACCCGCGAAACCUCUGGGAGGGUUCAGUGUGGGUGCCACACCUGCACAGCCAGCUUCCUCGCAGCCUUCCUCUACUCCAGCCUCGGGCUUAAGCCUAGGCGGAAACAACACUGCGUCGUCUGCUUCUGCAACACCUAGUCUGUUCUCGCCUGCAGGAGCUUCCACACCAGCAUCUACGGGCGGUGGCUUCAGCUUUGCUAAGCCUGCUGCUCCUGCCAGCACGGCUGCAACUACCGGGGCUACAACCACUGCCACAAGCGGUGCACCCACCACAACCGCAUCAUCGAGCUCGUCCUUGUUCCCCAGCAUCGGAGGUGGGCUGGGAGGCGGGAGUGCUUCGUCCGCUGCUCCCGCGACUGCCGCCACCACCACUUCUGGCACCACACCCAGUUUAUUCAACAAGCCCGCAGCAAGUGAAGCACCAGCAGCAUCGUCUAACACUGCUUCGCAACCAACUCCUUCCCUCGGGGCCACGACCGGAAACAAUGCUGCCCAAAGCGGGCUUGCUGCGUCAACUGCCGGGCCUGCACCGUCGGCUCAAUCACGACUGAAGAACAAGUCUAUGGACGAGAUCAUCACACGCUGGGCAGCUGACCUCUCCAAGUACCAGAAAGAAUUUCAAUCACAGGCUGAGACAGUCGCCUCAUGGGAUAGGGCCUUGGUUGAGAAUUCCGAUAAAGUCCGACAAUUGUACUCGAAGACUUUCCAAGCUGAGCGUGACGCUGCUGAAGUCGAGAGGCAGUUGACGAUGAUGGAGGAGAAUCAGCAGGAGCUCGAUUCGUACCUAGAUCGGUACGAGAAGGAAAUUGACAAUCUUAUGAAGAUGCACGGCGUCAGUGGCAAGAACGAAACCCUACGCGGCCCCGACCAGGAGCGCGAGAGGACUUACAAGCUUGCCGAGAAGCUUCAAGACCGCCUCAACGAGCUCAACAAGGAUCUCACAGAGAUGAUUGAGGAGAUCAACAAUACCUCGCAGACGCUCAGCAAGACAGGCAAGCCAGACGAUCCUCUUACCAAGGUCGUUCGUGUUCUCAACACCCAGCUUGCACAGCUUCAACUCAUCGAUUCCGGUGCUUCGCAGCUUCAGGAGAAGAUUACCAAGGCGCAGCGGGACACACAACGUGUUGGUGCCAACGGCUGGAACGGACUUGGCUCGGAUCCUUCAGCCGAUUUCAUGAACAGCAUGCCCCACAUACCUCUAGUAAAAAUCCAGAGGAUGACGAAAAAGUACCAAUACCACGUUGAGAAGCAAUGCUUCAAAAAGGACAAGGAUAUUGGAGUGCGCUCCGAGACUUCAGGAACGCGGGAGAUUGCUAGCGCUUUCUCGGAGGCACUGAGUGAAGACGGUGUUGAUCUGAUUGAGUUGGUUGCCUUUGAAGUCCAGCUCUUCCCUCAUGCCAGAAACGUACGCAUUGUUAAGAUUGGUGCGAUCAAGAUAAUUGAGGAAAUACAUGAGACAGCAGAAAGCAUAUUCACGAAUUGGGAGAAAGUUGCUGCGGGGAAGCGCGCAGCUCUCGCGGAAUCCAUUCCGACCGAACAUCGCAUACCGCAAGACAAGAUACCACCAGAGUCUCAACUCGACGUAACAACAUGGCCUAGGGAGUCUGGGUGGUUUACAGCAAACGAACUUGAGAUCACUGAGAGCAGCGCAAUCCACAUUCUGAACCAGAUCGCGUCGAAAACAUGGAGCGCCGAAGAUGUCACGGUCGCGUUCUGCAAACGCGCAGCAGCAGCGCAGCAAUUGACCAAUUGCCUUAGCGAUGUGUUCUUCGAUGAAGCAGUGCAGCGAGCCAAAUCCCUCGACAACCAUCUCCGGCGAACUGGCAAGACUGUUGGGCCACUCCAUGGCCUGCCAAUCUCUCUCAAGGACAACUUCAAUAUAAAGGGAAAAGACAGCACUGUAGGCUUCACCUCAUUAGUCAAUCAGCCGGCGGAGUACAAUGCUACGUUGGUGGAUAUACUCGAACGGCUGGGCGCAGUGCGGUAUUGCAAGACAAAUGUGCCGACAGCCAUGAUGAUCGCAGAGUCUGUUAAUAACACAUUCGGACGUACCGUUAAUCCGCUUAAUCGCAAAGUCACGUCUGGCGGCUCUUCAGGCGGAGAAUCAGCCCUCAUUGCGUUUGGAGGUAGUCCUUUAGGCGUCGGGACCGACAUAGGCGGCAGCUUGCGAAUCCCGGCAGCAUGCACCGGCAUCUUCACUCUUCGACCAUCUUUCGGUCGCUUUACAACACAGCGAUGUAGAUCUGGUCUCGCUGGCCAGGAAGCGGUACAGAGCGUCAAUGGACCCAUGGGAAAGUCGCUUCAGGAUAUUACCAUGUACUCGAAGGCGAUUGUCGAUGCGGAGCCAUGGAAACUAGACCCAAAGAUGCUGCCUAUCCCGUGGCGGUCAGUUGAUGUUCCGCGGAGACUCAAGAUAGCGGUCCUUUGGAACGAUGGUGUCUGCUUGCCCACACCCCCAGUGACGCGCGCUCUCAAGGAAACGACAGAGAAGAUGAAGAAGGCUGGACAUGAAGUUCUGGAUUGGAAUCCAAGACUACACGGAACUGCGCUGGCACUUCUGGGACGAAUGUUCGUCGCCGAUGGCGGCAAAAGCGUCGAAUCAUUACUCGGGGCGACAGGCGAGCCAUUUCGACCCGAGAUGGUUCAGUACAAAGAUGCCGAAGAAUUGGGCGUAUAUGACAUGUGGAAGCUACAUUCAGAGAGAUCCGAGCUACAACGGCAGUACCUGGAACAGUGGAUGGCGAUCGAAGGGCUCGACGCCAUCUUAGCACCCACGACCCCGUACUCAAGUGUGGCGCAUGGCGAUUUCAAGUACGUCGGGUAUACUGGUGUAUAUAAUGUUGUUGACUACGCCGCCGUAUCUUUCCCAUGCGGGGUCUCUGUCGACAAAGCAGUCGACAAACACGCGAGUGACUACAAGCCCCAGAGCGACUACUGUCAGGAUGCUUAUAACAGCUAUCAACCUGAGCUAUUACAUGGUCUCCCAGUCAGUCUACAACUGGUCGCGCAACGGCUAGAAGAGGAAAAGGUGCUGGCUAUGACAGACCUGGCGCCCGUUCCCAAUCAUCUCCAGCAGUCAAGCACUUCAGAUUCAAGCAGCACGCCUCCUGCGACCGUAUCGGGAGUAAACAUAUUCCCCAAUCAACCGGCACCAAUACCUGGUACAUUCGUGGGAAUCAUGAAUAGGAGUAUCAACAACAUGGUCGAAGGUCUAGAGGCUAUGGUUCAAGAAGCGGUCGAGGUUGCUGAGGUCGCUGAUGAUCGAAGUCAGGUGGAAGAACUGUGCACAAUCAUUGAGGGAGCGAAGGGCGCUGUACAUGAUGCUUCCCCCGAACCUGGAUAUCUCAUGACAACCGCGCUUCCUCUUAAGGUGUCUGAGUCUUCAAACUCAUCUAGUCGCCAUCAGAAUCUACAGCCGUCUGCCAUCGUUCAGCGAGGUGGCUUAGAUGAUGUCGCUCCCAAUGUUCGGCUGCCACAAGAUGUACCAAGAGCCUCAGUGUCCUACGAUUGGGCAUACGCGAAUCCAUGCGUUCGAAAGCAAGAUUGUUCGUCUACUUCGUUAUGCUCGUCCAGUAAUCAUGAAAGCGAGCGAAACCAUGUCGAUUUCGACACACGAAGCGAUCUGCUCCUGCCAAAGCUGGCUCAAACAGCCCCAAGAGAACACGUCGAUUUCGUUCUUCGUCCUGUAGGUAGGGACAAAUCUCGCGGUCGCUCUCGCCAACGCAUCACUGAUAAUGUUGCGGUGCGUCGAAAUCGCCGCUGUCGAAGCCAUGAGCAUACAUCGAGACCGAAAACUCGGCUUGAGCCAAGAGAUGACUCAGGCUUCGGUGAGGGAGAUACCUCUUUGGAUGAGGACGACAGGCUGUCGAAGCCAUAUGGCACCGAACUUACGGUACGAGGACAGUCCCACCAUCACACGUUUGGUCUUCGACGACAUCACCACAGACAGCCGAUUGCACGAAAUUGGUCUGCGGGUAAAAAGCGUCUUACUGCGAGUAUUGCGUGUAUCAACACAGCUCUGCUUGGUGUCAUCGUUGGCAUCUAUGCGGGUGAAGUGCCUCGCAUACAGUAUUCCCUGGCGGACGAACGCCACGUCACGAUCAUAGGUAAUACAGUAUUGUACGCUGGGCUUGCUUUCUCGACCUUUUUUGCCUGGACACUACCCCUCCUACAUGGACGCAAACCCUAUGUCCUCGCUGCUCUCGCAAUCGCCUUGCCACUCCAAUUUCCUCAAGCAAUUGUCGUCAGCGGCUUCCGCAACAAGGAGGCGAACUAUCGUGUCGGCCUUUUACUUUCUCGUGGCUUAUCUGGGGUCGUUCUCGGAUUUGCGAAUGUCAAUUACAUCACUGUGUUGCUUGACCUCUUUGGGGCUUCUUUACAGUCCAAAAACCCUCAUCAAGAGUUCGUUGUUGCAAACGAUGUCCGUCGCCACGGUGGAGGUAUGGGCAUGUGGCUGGGGCUUUGGUCAUGGUGCUGGAUCGGGUCUCUGGCCGUCGGCUUCCAAAUUGGGGCUGCGAUCAUCGAAAAGCUGACACCGGACUGGGGGUUCUAUAUUGUCGUGGUGAUCCUUGCUCUUGCCUUGAUCUUAAACAUCAUGACUUCAGAAACGCGACGCGCACCAUUCCGGAAGUCGGUGACUGAGGUAUAUGACAGAGACGAGAACUACAUUACAAGGCGUGUGAGCAGGGGUGAAGUGAAAUUGCACAUCGAAACCGAAGGACCGAAGUAUUGGUUCGAGGAGGUAUGGGCGGGUGUACAGCUUAUGGCAAUGAUGCUGUGUCAACCUGGCUUUCUCGUCCUGGCAUUGUACCUGGGAUGGAUAUAUGCACAGGUCGUCCUCGUGAUUAUUCUGCUAGGUGCUCUCCUGUCGCGAGACUACAGAUGGAAGCCGACAAAGGUGGGCGCGGGUGUUAUAUCCAUAGCUAUCGGCGCCUUGCUUGCGAUCCCCCUAACGAAAGCGGGCAUCUUCUCUCGGGAGCGAAAAAGCGCAUUUCGCACCGACUCCAUGACAUUCCAGAAACAAGUCACCUGGUCAAGCCAUCUUGUCCGCCGUGCAAUCUUCACACUGACACUUCCUCUCAUGGGCAUGGCGUACACUGUCUCUUCGGCUAGGCGCCCUCGACCAUGGCUUGUGCCGAUUGUUUUCGCUGGCGCCGUGGGUUUCCUCAGUGUUCUCGCCAUAGCUGAAUGCCACGGCCUGAUGAUGGAAACGUUCGAUACAUGUGACCUACAACCUGGAGUCAACACACGACAUCGGCUGCAAAGCAUGGCUGUACAAGACCGUAGAAGAAGAACGAAUUACACGUCCUUCCCCCGUGUCACUGCUGGUAUUUUCGCCAGUCAAAUCAUCGCGUUCAUUCUCGCUGCAGUUGCGACGAUAGUCGGCGGAAGCAUGACGCGCAAUCUUGGCGCACAAAAGUCCACAGGGACAACGGCAGGCAUCCUCUUUGCUCUCACUGUUCUGCUUAUCCUGGUCCUCUGUCGCUUCAAAUCGGUGCAAGUCAUACCGAACCAUACGUUUGGAACAAGACGCGACACAGCAGCCUGGCAAGAGUUCAAAGACCUGGAGAAGGUUGGGCGUGGCAGCGACUGGAAGGCUGUGGUCAUUGGAAAUCCGAGUGGCAAGAUGAGGAGAAUGAGUGUGCUUGAGUUGGGAGCACUGAGUCGCUGGACAGAGAUCCGGAAGCUGAAAUUUCUAAUCAAGGGAGUCAUGUUGGGACAGGCAAAGGAGAAGAAGGACAUGGGAGAUGGUUGCGUCACUGCCGAGCUCCAUCCACCCUCACGAGCAGACGACCGGCGACACCCCAUCUCCCCUUCGUCAAUUCACAUCAAGAUGUCUCUCGCUGCAUCACGUGCCGUAUUACGGCAAUCGACGUUCGCCGUCCGCCGCGCUGGCAUCCGCAAUGCCUCGACGACCGCCGAAGCCACCAACACCGUAAAGGAAACCGCGUCAAAGGCACAGUCCAAGGCAUCAGAGGGUCUCACCAAGGUCACAAGCUCCGCGAGCUCUGCGGCGUCGGGUGCCGGUCAAGCCGUCAACAAUGCGACACAGCAAGCCACUGGACGGGUAGGAAGGAUGGUCAACUUCGUGCAAGGACUGGUUCCCAAGGCUACCUACUACGGAAGGGUCGGACUUGAGCUCGGCAAGCUCAUUGCCCACCAACGAAGCAUGCAACCACCAUCCAUCCAGACUAUGCAGAACUACAUUCAGCCCGCAUUGAACGCUCUCCGCAACCCCAGCUCCCUCUUCAACCGCGUAGCCAGCGAGGCCAACAGCGCUGCCCAGCAACCCGCCAACGUCCUUGCGCAAGUUCGGAACAUGCCCCGCGAACAGUGGUACUCUAUGGGUGUUGUUUUCGCCGAGGUCAUCGGUUUCUUCUCCGUUGGCGAGAUCAUUGGCCGAUUCAAGCUUGUUGGCUACCGGCAGAAGAAGGACGAGCACCAUUGA